GCCAUGAAAUGAACUAUUAAACCCAUAGGUAGGUUUGUCAAUUAUUGAUGCGGUGGUUUGAAUCACGUUUGAAUUGAAGUGCGAAGCUUCGUAUAUAGUUUAAGUAAUCAUUUAUUGACGGUGUUAAAUAUAAUUCAUCAAUGAACUAGUUAUUUGUGUAAAAUUGAGUGAAACAAGUGUGAUUAAGUGCAAAACGUAUAAUCAUGGUCUUGGCUGAAAGAAAUAAUGAUGUUCGAAACGGCAAGCGUUCGAGAGGACCAAGCCCGAAUGGCCAUGGUAGCCCUGAUUCUAGCUCCGAGGAUGAGAAUGUAGUGCCAUUUGCAGCUGAAAAAAUAAGGGUUGGUCGAGAUUAUCAGGCUGUGUGUCCAGAGUUGGAACCUCUGGAGCAAAGAAGACCUGAUCAGAUUUCGGAUAGAGCUCUUUUAGUUUGGUCACCUACAUGUGACAUAUCUGAUACCAAAUUGGAUGAGUACAUAACAACAGCUAAGGAAAAAUAUGGAUACAAUGGUGAACAAGCUCUUGGAAUGUUGUUCUGGCACAAACAUGAUCUCAAUAGGGCUUCAAUGGACCUUGCAAACUUUACACCUUUUCCAGAUGAAUGGACAGUGGAAGACAAGGUGUUAUUUGAGCAGGCUUUCCAGUUUCAUGGCAAGAGCUUUCAUAGAAUAAGGCAAAUGUUGCCAGAUAAAUCAAUUGCAUCAUUAGUGAAGUAUUACUACUCAUGGAAAAAGACAAGAGCUCGUACAUCGUUGAUGGAUGUUGUGAGUGAGGGCCGUAAUGCUGCAGGAUCAGGAAGUGGCAAAAGGGAUUCCGGUGCUGGUUCUGAACCUGGUGGUUCAGAUAAAGAUUCUGACAAUGAUGAAAAGAAGUGGACGUUACACCGUGGUGUAGUACGUGGUGGGAACUGUGGGAUCUCGCGCGCCGGUUUAGAGGGUGACGGAGGCGAUGGGGGCAAGUGGUGCACCGUGUGCGGCAUUCUGUGCUCCCAGACCACGCCGCACAACUCGCACAAGUUGUGUCAGGCAUGCCUCGUGCACGCCAGACGGACGGGCAGUAUGCGACCUCUGUGCGGGCCUUCUGGGAGACGAGGUGCGGGCAAACAGCAGCGUUACAAGCAUCGCCUGCCUCGUGGCAUUUACAUCAACCACGACGAUCUGGUUGCCAUGGCGACGGGGCCGCAACCCGGCGACCGCAACCACAACCAGAACCAGAACCAGGGCGAGGCUGUGCUCAGAGCAAUGGACAGAGAGAUUAUAUCGCUGAAGAGACAAGUUCAACAAAACAAGCAGCAAUUAAGUGCAUUGAAGCGUAAAGUUGGUGAUACCGGAGUAGAGGAGCUUAGACCUGGCGAACCACCCGCCAAGAUUAACUCCAGGUGGACCAACGACGAACUACUAAUGGCAGUGACGGCUGUUAGGAAGUAUGGCAAGGAUUUCCAAGCGAUUGCAGAAACACUCGGAACAAAGACGGAAUCCCACAUUCGUACAUUUUUCAUUUCUUACCGCCGUCGAUACAACUUGGAUGCCGUGCUCAGAGAGCAUGAGGCAGACAGACAAAAUGAAAAUCAUAUACAACCAGGCACAACAAGCACAGAGUCGAAUGAAAAUGAUGUUGACAAUAGUAAUGCCAACAAUGGAACCGGAUCACCACAGACUAACGCUAAGGAUGAAAAGACAGAGGUAGAUAGUGAGGGAGUAGCAAUCGGAGCGUCAGCUGAACAAGGCGGGCCGCCCACCACGCCGCCAAAACACAAGCAUGCUAAGUGAUUAUCGCCCACCACGCCGCCUAAAUACGGGCACGGAAAAUGAUUUGUCCAUAUGUAUAUAAGCACAUUAUAUUCUAUGAAGGAAUAUGGUUAAUGUUUAAAAUACAUGAUACUUGUAUAUAUGAGAAAUGCAUUAUAACUUCAAUCUCAUUGCUCUAUGUUCACAGAUCACACAAAUAAAUCUAGUAAAUAUCAUUUAUGUACAAGCUAGGCAGGCUGCCAUGACAUUAAAUUUUAAAGCAUAUUUUUAAUUUAAAUUUAGUGUCAAUAAUGUAUAAGUUAUAAAGUUAUGAAAUUAUUGAAAUUAUAAGAAAAAACCUUUGGUAUUAUUUUAAUUAAUGUUUUUAGUAUAACAUCUAUUCGUCAUUACGAUUUAAAUAAUCUUAGUAUGUACAUAAAUCGGAAUAUUGUGUAAGAAAAAAAUAUAAUUAUACUUUAUCUUAUUUAUAUAAACAUCACAGUUCUGCUUCUUGUUUCAUUUUCAAUUAUUUGUCAUAACUUGUUACACUCGGAAAAUAGAGAAUUUUUUUUCAUAUUUUUUUUAAAUCACAAAAAAAAAUUCCAUGUUUUUUUUUCUUUUACUAAAAAUAUAAUAGAUGAAGUAUAAUUAUAAAUAUACAAUAACAGUUGAAAUGACAACAAUAUAUAAGUUGACUGAGUAUUUUGGGUGUAAUUGAUUUCUCUAGUUACGUUUCGUUAGCCCUGUAAGUAUUAAUGUUUUGAUGUAUCUGACAUACAUUCUAAGAACAUGUAUAGUAUAUUAAAAUUUUGAUCAUUAAAGAAAUUUUAACUUGGAGUCCUCGAACUCGCUGUAUAAAUGAUUAAAUUCAAAUUCAUAUGAUCGGAAUAAAAGUCCGCCAGCGCGCCCCCGCAGAGACGGUGUUUACACUGUACGGGGAAACAUGCCAUUUGUAUGAGAUUUUCGGUUUUCAAUUGGAUUUAUUUACAUGUUUAUAUGCUUGUAAAUUGCGUAGGUUUUAUCGAUGUAGAUUUAAAUUUAUAAAUAAAAUAUAAUUAUCCAUAAAUAAUAUUGAUUGAUGGUUAGAUGACACAUGUUAAGAGAGCUGGUGCGUAAGCAAACAUGGUAUACGCUUUAGGAGUGAAAGAUACAUAUGAGUGUAAAUAAAGUAACAUUAUUAUUAAGGCUUCUAUAUGAUAGAUGUUUGAAAUUAUAUAAGGUUGGUUGAAUUAUGCAAUAUUUUCCUAUACUUAGAUAGAUAUCAACAGUACGUCGAGAUAAAUUGUGCCUGAUUCAAUAAAAAGCAAUACGCCUAAAUAACCAUUUGUAAUGUCCUUUGCGAUGUAAAUAUUUGAAUAGGAUUUAUAGUUUGUGAUAAAUAUAUUAUGUGAUUACCAUACUGAAUAGAUUUAGUGUGUAAUUUUUUUUUUUAUUGACUGAUAUUUUUGUUAUGGCGGGAAUUAUGCGCUGUUCUGUGGCAUAUUCAAAUAAACAGAAUCGGAAUAUGCUGAGUGUGCUUAAAAUUCAGUAUCCAAAGCACUAUUAAUUUAUUUGAAAAAUUAAAUAAAAAUUUACUCCGAUAUCAUUUAUAUAACUCGACUGGUUUACAAAUCGGAUUUGAAAUUUUAAUUGUAUAUAUUGUGUAAGCUUCUUUAAAAAGAUAUGUAUAUAAUUAUGAUGUACGAUUUGUACUUGGUAAUAUAUUUUGCUGUUUGUAAAUCCAGUGUUUUUAAUAAUAUCAAUACGGAUUUGUUUCUGGUGUGGGCUUAAUUUAAGGUCUACUUUAUUUACGAUAUGAAUAAUUGAUAAUUUCUAAUUCGCCUUACACAUACGUCACAUAUACUCGCAUGCUAUUAUAUAUAACUAAAUGAUUUUAUAAAACUUUUGACAUACGACGUUAUUUCUAAGGUAGAAAUUGUAAUGAUAAUGUCCAGUUGCUUUUAGCGAGACUAGCAAAUAAGGGUUACAGAGCGACCGACUCGGAAUUAACUUUACAAGACUCGUUUAAGACGAAGAAAAAAAAAUGCAAAAAUUAAAACCUAUCAAGAUGCAAUGAAAUAAAUAAAUACCUGACAUAAAUAAUAUAUUUCAUAUAAAUCAAGUUUAAAACACUUUCCAUUACUUGGAAAUCUUUUAUGUGUUAUGAACUUAAUUUCUUUGACAACCAAAUGAUCAUUAAAUACAUCUUAUGGGUUUUGAAUUUUGCAAUUCUAUUUGAAAUAAACAUGUUAGAAUAUGUCACAAUAAUUUCAAUCAAUUCGAACGUGCACGUUUAGGGGGAGUGUAUUAUGUGUACUUUAGUGUACUAUAAUUUAUGAUAUAUUUUUUUUAUCAACACAAAUUAUAGAUUAGAUUGAUUAUAUAGACGACAUAUAUUGACGGUAUUUUUCUACACUUAAAAGACAUCUCGAUGAAUAAAGAACUUCAAUCACUAGCAUAGAAAGUUAUUGUUAGAAUUAAAAUAUAUAUAUAGGUCUUAAGUUCCUUAUUCACUUGUAAUGGAUCCUAAUAUAAUUAUUGCUAGUUUUAAUAUGUACAUCACUGAUAAGAUGAUCAUGGUUAUACAAAGAUGUGGUUACCGAUAUUAUAAUCGUUUAGGAACUACUGUAGAAUCAAUCAUGGUAUCACUAUUAAAUUCUAAAAUGGCAACAUUGAUUUCUAUAUUAAAAAAAAAAAAACAAUCCGCCUAAAUUUGCGUUAGCAAUCUUUUAAAAAUUAUAUGUAUAUUUGUAAGUUUUAAUCUGUACUGUAGCAGUGACUACACUGUCCUUACAUCUAUUCUAUAUUUUUUAACUACCUAUUUAGUUUAUUAUUAUAUUUUAUUAAGAUUGAUAUUAAUCGUAAAAUUCAUGCUUCUGAUUACAAUUACUUAAUAUUAUAGAAGCGUGCUAUCAAUGGCGACAAUCGUAUUAUGGGAUUUUAAUUAUAGAUAAUUUGGUGUUUCUCUUAAAAGUUAAAUAUGUUAAUGAAGUAUAAAAUUACACAAAAAAAAUAAAUAUAAUAAUAAUAUUAUUAUUUUAAGUAUCGGUUGAUGGGUUUUAUUUAAUUUAGUGUUUUUGUAAAUAUUGAAUAUUAAUUCGCACGUCCAAGGCUAGACGACCGGCUCUAACGGACAACGGCUAGUUUAAAUUAGUUUAUUUGAUGUGGCACACUUAAACCUAAAUGCUCCAAAGAAAUCCACACAAUGAAGUCAUCUUAUUUAUUGAUGCUAAUUAGAGCUAGUAGAAAAAUUUGUUACAGAAUUAAAUUAUUUUUAUUAGUGUAUUGUGUUCUGUAUAUUAAGCGUAUUGAUAAUUUUAGUUAAUGAAGUGUUCGUUUAUCAAUAAGUUAAGCUCAACCUGCUGCUUGGACAUCUGGCAGUGCUUUUAUAAAUUUAUUGUUCUCUGUAUUUCCAACAUUCGUAAUGUUUGAAUUAAGGAUAUUCAAUAAACAUAAGUAUAUAUUA